CAAUGUGUUGGUUAUGGACCCUACCGACUACACCACCAUAACACUUUGGGAUAGAGAAUGCACCGACUUGCUAGGAAGGUCGACAAGUGGAAUGAGAGACCUCAUGGCUGAGCGUACGGGAAACGCAGAUUCCUUCCCAUUGCCAGAAAUUGAGAGUUUGAUCCAGAGAAAGGGUCUUUUCCGAGUAAGUGUAAAACCAAAGUCAGAAGAUUUUUUUCUUGAGGCUAAGUCAUUUGGUGUUACGGCAAUGAUUUCUGACCCCAAUAUAUGGAAGUUGUACGAUACCCAUGAUGGGGAGGACAUGAAAUUAGGCUUUUGGGACGAAGAAGAAGUUAUUGUUGAAGAUGAAGAGGUCAAACGCAAGCAUGAGAUUUAUAAGGAAGCCGAUGACCCUACUAAGAGGGAUCUAGAUGAGGAAUUUGGCGCCACAAAAGAGCUCCUUAAAAUGAAGGCCAUUAAAACUGAGAAAUAGAGAAUAGCCUCGGAUUCAUGAAGAAGCUAACAAAAGGUGGGACUUUUAAAAGCAAGUUAUUGAAUGCUACAUGUACAGAUUCAGGGAUAAACAGACAAGAAUUCCACGACUCGGGAAGCAUAAAGAGAAUUUGUACAUCAAGUCGGGACCGAAAAAAUGGUUCUUCUUGCAAUCAUUUAAGUGACUUAUCCAAUGGUACAUCACAUCUAUUUUAAAUUCAUUAUUUACUAUAAUAUUUUUAGAACAUUACUUGUACAGCUGUAUAUAUAAGUAAAAUAUAUUAUUUUUUAUAGCUCAAGACUUUUCAAUAAAGCCGGCGAUCUCAUUUAGUCAAGCUCCUGACACCGGCAGCUUCUCUUCAGUACUCUUUACUAAUAACGGGGAUAUAAACAUCAACAAGGAAAAUAAUGGAGAUUCCAUCAUUUCCGAAUCUUGGGCAUUUGACCAACCUU